AUGGCAGGAGCAAUCAUCGCAACGAUUUUCUCUCUCCUCGUGGUGUCCACCAUAGCUCAAGCUCCCACCGGAGCUCCGGCAGCAUCUCCGAUUUCACCACCAACUCCCGUUGCAACUCCUCCAACAGUGACCGCUACUCCACCGACAAUGGCCGCAACUCCUACCAUGGCCGCAACUCCCACCGCAUCUCCCGUUGGAUCUCCUCUCUCUUCACCACCAUCUCCACCAACUGAAGCUCCCGCCGCCGGUCCCGGAGUCGCCUCCGGUCCAGGAGCUGCCGCCGCCGGUCCAGGUGUUGCCGGAGGUCCUGGUAUGAGCCCAAGCGCUGGUCCCACCGCUGACAAGUCAAGUGGUUUCAGAACCGCCAUUGCUGGUGGAUCAGUUGCCGCAGUUGUUUUGGCUUCCGUGUUGAUGUUCUAG